AUGCCACAACCCUAUGGCAGAGAUACGGGGACAGCGCAAGGGUCGCAAUCAAACUGUAGCUCAACGCAGGUCACACACGCUUGGGGAGGACGGAUAUCCGCAGAUAGUACUUGGGCUCAAGAUUUUUUUUCCGGGCAGCUACAAGCCGAGGUAGGAACCACGCGACGCAGUAGCAGCACAGACGGGUUGCUGAGCAGGCUAACCGGGCGUCUUCAAAGACCGUUUUGUGUCUCCAAAGAAAACUCCGUGGUGGUGUGGUAUGUCGCUGAUGGAAGGCGAAAGGGCGGUCGAGAUUCGAAGGCAGAUAAUACAAGAGGUUUAAGAGGGCAACAAUCAGCGAAAUCAGAUCACUUGGGCGCACUUUUAAAAACCAUUGGCGACAAGCAACAUACCACUACUAUUCUUAAAGGGCGGCGGGCGGCGGGCGGCGGCGACUCGACUAGCCUUAACGAAAUCGCCAGCGAGCUCCCCCGGGUGCGAACCGCAGCCAACGAGCCAACAGCAACGCACCAGCAAGUCGACCACGGCCGCGCGCCAAAACGGCCCCAGGGUGAAAAGAAAGCCCCCAAAAGUUUCUGGAAGACUGCUGGCGGACCCUGCACCGGAGACAUGGCGCCAGCGAACGAUUUUUCAAACCAGUCGCGUCUCGGUGGCCCCAUUCAGCCCAACCGACUAGUGGCAUCAAGAUUGGGAGGGUGGUGGCACACCAGGCAGCCGGGGGCUGCAAGAGGACAGCUCAAGCCCUCAGCAUUGCAGGCAAAUAUCGACCGACUGACCAAUGUGGCCGAUUUUCGAACUGCUGAAAAGACCUGCAACCAUUCAAAACUAGGGGGCUACUUGGCGCGCUCUAUUGUCUCAAAAGUCAAAUCGUGGCGCAUCCGCCUCGAAAGGAGGAUCGAUGCCCCUGCAGGCAAGAGGACGUCAACAGCAGACAAAGUGGAGUCAGUCCGCCAUGUUGAUCAAAGCAGCCCUCCUCCAAACAAGAAAACCAAUUUUAAUCGAAGUUGCGAAAAGGGACUCCCAAAUGAAUGCAUCAUUCAACAGGGUUGCGGGCUGUUGUGGAAGCUCACAACGCAGCCAAAAAUUACCUGGAUCCAUGCAUUCUAG